UCUACGCCAUUGAUAGAUCGUUAUCCUAGUAAGUUUGGUCGUCUUCGAUUGCAGUUAUCCUUAAUGUUGAGUGAAUACUUUAUACAGUCAGUGAUAUAUAAUAUAGACAAAUCUUACUAAUUGGAAUUUUAUUGAAAAUGUUCGAAGUGCGGAUUGGCACAAAAUGAAUCAUGAAGUUAAAUCAGAAGAAAAGUAUCUAAAUUUAAAGAAGAGAUCGCGUAAUAACUUUGAUUGUUGUCGAACACUUGUGAAUAGCAUUUACAUUUAACCAUUUUAACCUACUAGCAUAUACCUGAUAUCUGUUAUAACCGGAGUCGUUUUAUGUAUUGUUUAAUAUUACGUGAACCAGUAAAAAAGAACAAUAACACUUGUGAAAAAAGGAUUUUUAAACAUUUUAGAUAAAUCUCAACAUAAAGUAAAAAAGCGCUACUAUAGCUGUAACAGUACUAUAUACAUGUAUAUAUGUAUCAGACAGUUACCAGCGGUUUAAACACACAAUGAGACUUACGUUAAUACUUGCGUUUCCUAACAGUUUGAAAGCUGGCCAAGUGUUUAUUCAGCUAUUAUGACUCAAUUAUUACAUAUUACGCCAAGAAGAGAAACAAUCAGAGAAGUAUUAAACCAUCAUCGUCAGAGGACUUGCGAAUAUCAUUUCCAGAAUAAUUACUAUCCAAUAAAUAUCUAAUGUGUCGGACUACACAAUAAUAUCCAUCGGUGAUAUAGUUUAAGGAAGAGUUGAACUCGCAAAUGGUUUUCUGGGGGUUUUGCAAGAUGAAUAAGUGCUCGGGAAACAGACAUGGACUGAGUCGUCAGCGGAUUACAGUAGCUGUAAUAAUAGAUGUCACACUGUUCUUAAUCGUUGGUAUCCCGGUAUUGUUUCUCUUCCUCCGAGGGACACCGUUGGAGCGCGGCUUUCUUUGUGACGAUCCAAAACUCUCUCUCCCCUACCGACCCGAAACGGUCUCCACUACCGUUCUUAUCAUCGCCGGCUUCAGCAUCUCAAUUCUUGUGGUAUUGCUUGUGGAGCUACUGAACACAGCAGAUCAGAAGUGCCGCCAUUUGUGUCAGAAUACAGAGAGACUGGUCUUCUGUGUACGCGGUUACAGUGUCUUUCUUGUGGGUUUCGUGCUGCAGCAGCUCAUUGUGGAAUUUGCGAAAAACCAGCUGGGUUCACUCCGACCUAACUUCUUUGACGUUUGCCGGCCGAAUUUCAACCGAUCACUCUGUCCUGGGUACAUCAGCGAUUACACGUGCACCGGAAGAGAGCACGGAGCAGGCAAAAUUCGGAACAGCCGACAGUCGUUUCCUUCCGGUCACUCUUCUCUGUCCAUGUACAUCGCAGUCUAUUUCUCUAUUUACAUCCAGCGCCGACUUCAAGUGACUUUCUCUCGGAUACUGAAAAUAUUUCUGCAGUUCGGACUGGUAUUCCUCUCGCUGGUUUGCGGUCUUGGUCGUAUCCAGGACAACAAACAUCACCCUGUUGACGUCAUUGCUGGAUUUCUUGUCGGUUUAUCUUCAGCAAUGCUAGUGUUUCACUUCGUCGGCAGCAAGCACCUGAGACAUAGUGACGAUUUUGACGUUCUUCCACUUCGGUCAGUGAUUGAACCACAAGACUGCUGCGCAUGUGGAUUGACCACACCUACAAUCGAUGAACCGCAGACACCCGCGCCGUUGCUUCCAAACGAAUACUUUAGUGGCAUGUCAAAUUGCAAUGGACGCGUUCUGAGAAACACGUGCAAUCUCAAAUUGAAUGACUUGCAAAGUGUAAAACGUCAUAUGUCAACUCCUAUUACACCAAGUCGGCAGGUGGGAGACGUUUGACAAUUUGACAUUACACAAUAGAAACUGUGUCGUUAUAUAGACAGUUAAAAGUAUAAGACAGUUAUAUAGUUUUAUGCAUAAAGUGACUGACCUCGACCCCGUAAGGACGUGGGAUUAUUCGUUAAUAUAGUAAUUUCUAAUCGAUUUGGCACUUGGAAAUGUAAUGUAUUGUGUAUUCUCAUGUUUUUCAUUAUAAUAGAGGCUUACCUGUGAUGUCAAUGUAUUUUUGAUGAAAUGAAAGACAAAAAACAAUGAUCGGUGCUUGUAGUUUAGCGUAUAUUGCCUUCGAGUUGUAACUUAAUUUGAAAUGUUUCUGCAUCGUCUAUUUCUACAUGAAUACCUUAGAAAUCGCUCUUAAAUUGGGAUAGAUUUCCUUUUCUUCAUGUAGAUUUUGUUUAAACGAAUGUACACGAAACGCUCUGCCGUAAACAAUGUUAAAUUAAUUCUUAUGUAUGAUCAAUUAAAAGAACUAGAAAUAAGGAUCGA